AUGGGCAGUUGGGCCAACCGACUUCAAACGCCUCCCACCGUGCCCGUUGCCCCUGUCCGGACGGCGUUUGCCAUUCCGAUUUCCCAGGCCAUGGACGACAGCUCCUUCUGCAGCUAUGAUGGCCAAAAGGCGGGGAUCCAGGAUGCGCAUGUACGCACUCUCGAUUCGUUUGGGUGUGGAGGCACAAAACUUGGCUGGGGAGUCUCGAGGGAACAGUCCCAACACAUCAAUUCGGGGCUGUUCCCGAUUGGCCUGCCUGCGAAGACGGUUCCAGUGUUGAGUUCGUGCUCCGUCGUGCAUGUCAUCUGCGUCAAUGCAUCGUGCCAGAAAACCCAGUUCUCUUCGUGGGGAGUCCCACGCAUCACUCGUGCCGACUCGGUGACGAUGUGCUCGAUUAGCGUUGUCACACAGCAGUGCCCUGCCAAGGCAGAUGAGCGAUCAAUUACAUUCUCCCAAUCGUCCCCAUAA